UUCUAUCUCCACAGCCUCAAAUCACAUUUCUAUCCUAUAAUGACUUCUUCAACUCUUCUACUCACCCUAACCCUAGUUAUCUCUCUUCUCCAUUUCACCUCAGCAUCAAGAAAACUAACACAAAACAACCAACAACUCAAAUUCCAAUACCACAAAGGCCCUCUUCUAACCGGUAAAACCUCCAUUAAUCUCAUAUGGUACGGUAAAUUCAAACCUUCCCAACGAGCCAUAAUCUCCGACUUCAUCACUUCCAUUACCUCACCCACCAUCAAAGCCAAACCAUCCGUCGCCACGUGGUGGAAAUUCACAGACAAAUACUACCGUCUCGCAAACUCACAAAACAUCAUUCUCACAACAGGUUCACAUUUCUUAAACGAGAAUUACUCAUUCGGAAAAUCACUCACCAAUGAUCAAAUCAUAAAGCUUGCAUCCAACGGUUCACGAACAAACGCGGUCAAUAUUGUUCUUACUUCCGAUGACGUUGUGGUAGAUGGGUUUUGUUCCAGUAGAUGCGGAACUCACGGUUCUUCCGUGAGUACUCACAAUCACAACACUUACAUCUGGGUUGGUAAUUCCGAAACACAAUGUCCAGGUCAAUGCGCCUGGCCAUUUCACCAACCAAUCUACGGGCCACAAAGCCCACCGUUGGUCUCCCCAAACAACGACGUGGGCCUUGACGGAAUGGUGAUCAAUCUGGCUAGUCUUAUGGCUGGAACUGUUACGAACCCUUUUGGAAAUGGCUACUUUCAGGGUCCUUCUGAGGCUCCUCUUGAAGCAGCUUCUGCUUGUCCUGGGGUUUAUGGGAAAGGUGCUUACCCUGGUUAUGCUGGGAAACUCUUGGUGGAUCCUACAAGUGGUGCUAGCUAUAAUGCUAAUGGUGUCAAUGGAAGGAAGUAUUUGUUGCCGGCGCUCUUUGACCCGACAACCUCGGAGUGUUCUACUCUAGCAUAACAAAGAUUUUGUUCGAAUAUACUCUAGGCAAAUACUAAAUACUAUAUUCCUUCUCUUUUUUGUUGAAUAUAUAUUCUUUUUCUUUUUUCUUGAUUUGUUGUUAUACUACUGAUGAAUAAAAGAAUGAAAUUUGCUGUAUCAAAAGAAAAUAAUAUGAAAUUGAAUGCAUAAUGAAAAGAAGAAAAAAAACAGUAUUUGUGAAUUUUUUAUUCAUAUAACCACUCAC